AUUCCUUGCCUUUGCCCAGUUGAGCAACUGCAUUCAGAGCCCCAAGACGGAUCUUUGUGCUUAUUUUUAUAAAUAUUUAGUAACAUUUGGGACGGAAACAUCCCUUGGAGCUCUUUUCUAAAAGACAAGUGGAGUCCAGAGUUUGCCAUUCGAAGAAAAAAAAAAGAAGCAAAAUGGUUCACGGCCAAAGCGGAGUCCGGUUCCAGAACUGGGCCAAGACCUAUGGCUGCUCUCCAGAAUUAUAUUUCCAGCCGACAACCGUCGACGAGAUCAAAGAGAUCUUGGCCCUGGCCCGCCAGAGGAGCAAGAGGGUGAAAGUGGUGGGAGGCGGACACUCUCCUUCGGACGUGGCCUGCACAGAAGACUUCAUGGUCCACCUGGGAAGGAUGAACAAGGUCCUCAAGGUGGACAAAGAGAAGAAGCAGGUGACGGUGGAGGCAGGGAUUCUGCUCUCGGAUCUGAAUGUGGAGCUGAGCAACCAUGGCUUGGCGUUGCCCAUCCUAGGAGCCGUUUCGGACGUCGCGGCUGCCGGGGUCAUUGGAACGGGCACACACAACACCGGCAUCCGCCAUGGCAUCUUCUCUACUCAGGUUGUAUCCUUGACCCUCUUGACGGCUUCUGGGGAAAUCCUGGAGUGCUCGGAAACUACGAAUCCCGAGCUCUACCAGGCCGCCUGCGUCCACCUGGGCUGUUUGGGCAUCCUCCUCACCAUCACCUUCCAGUGCGUCCCGGAGUUUUACCUGCAAGAGACCACCUUCCCGUCGACGCUGAAGGAGGUCCUGGACAAUUUGGAGAGCCACCUGCAGAAGUCAGAAUACUUCCGCUUCCUUUGGUUCCCUCACAGUGAGAAUGUCAGUGUCAUCUACCAAGAUCAUACCAACAAGCCGCCCUGCUCUUCUGCAAAUUGGUUUUGGGACUAUGCCAUUGGGUAUUACCUGUUGGAGUUCCUUCUGUGGAUCAGCACAUUCCUCCCAUGCCUGGUCGGCUGGCUCAACCGCUUCUUCUUCUGGCUCCUCUUCACUGGCAAAGUGGAAAACGUCAACCUGAGCUACAAGAUCUUCAACUACGAGUGCCGUUUCAAGCAGCAUGUCCAAGACUGGGCUAUUCCCAUCGAGAAAACAAAGGAGGCCCUUCUGGAGCUGAAGGAGGUCCUGGAGAGCAACCCCAAAAUCGUGGCCCAUUACCCAGUGGAAGUACGCUUCACCCGGGGUGACAACAUCCUGCUGAGCCCUUGCUUCCAGAGAGACAGCUGCUACAUGAACAUCAUCAUGUAUAGACCCUAUGGGAAAGAUGUGCCUCGCCUCGACUACUGGUUGGCCUAUGAGGGCAUCAUGAAGAAGGUUGGAGGCAGGCCACACUGGGCAAAGGCCCACACAUGUGUCCGGAGAGACUUUGAGCAGAUGUACCCCAGCUUCCCGAAGUUCUGCGCCAUCCGGGAGAAGCUCGACCCCAGAGGGAUGUUCUUGAACACCUAUCUGGAGAAGGUCUUCUACUGAGUGAUGGGAAGAAGAAAGCAGCCAAGGAAUGGAGACAUCUGUCACAUGGAAGACUCCAAUGGUUAUUUAGAUAUCACUUGGAGGAAUGGAAACAAGUACUGGCCAGUUUACCUCCUCAUUCACUUGUGUAAACCCAAAUUAUAGAACUGAGGUGGGUCUGAAAACCAAUGAAAGACUUCGUGAAAAACUAGAACGUGUUUAUGGAGGCAAUUGUUUGGGCUGUGGUUCUUAGGAAUUCUAAUAGGUCUAUUGAGUCAGAUCUGUGAUGGUAAAAUAGUAUAGAUGACUUUUCAUAUCCAUGGAUCCGACCCACCACAGGUCAAAAAUAUUUGGGGAAAAACGUCAAAAAGCAAAUCUAGGUUUUGCCUAUACUAUAGUGUUAUAGUGUUAUAGUUAGUGUUUGCUGUUUUAGCUAGGGUUUUAAUAUUGUGUUUUAAUUUUAGUUCAGUUUUAAUCAUAUAUAUUGUACCUUCCUAUAUGUGUAUCUCUUCCCUUUUCUCUGUCGCUUCCUGUUUUUCUCUGCUGUAGUUGAGAAUGAUAUUGCGUUAAAAUCAAUCAAUCAAUAAACUUUUUCCAAUCCAGAAA